AUGGAGAGCAGCUCCAGCUCUUCGAAACGUCAGCCAGAAAAGUCCCCCAAUCCGGUGAGUAAUUCAUUUUCCUCAAAUCCAACACAGUUCUUCCAUUGCAGAUGUUGUUUUUGCCUCGAUUUCAAUAUACAUUCUGACUGCAUGCGUGUUGCACCUCUCCAAUCAUUGCUGGAAACCGGCAAUACACGCGAUUUUACAUUUUGCACAAUUGCCUCCGCCGACUUCCAGUGCAGGCGAUAUUUCCAGAAGGUUAGUGCAUUAUGUUCAAUGCGCAUUUGUUUCAAUCCUACUGACAUCCAACAGACAUUGUUGAUGUUCGAAAGACUUCUUCUAUUUGUCUACUUUCAGACCAGCCGUUAGGGAGUUAACCGGAAAAUCGGCUAAUGAUGGCGAAGAGGUAGGGAGAACGCCCAUCUUAGUUGGCUGCGAAACACAAGAAUCUACUGAAGUUGGGGCUCCGGGAAAGGAAAAUGCGGUAUUUCAGUGUACCGUCAGAGAGCCGGAACAAAGUAAGCGCAUCUUUGACUUGCAUUCAGCAUUACCAAACUCGCCUAGUUUGGCUCAACACUGUCUUCUUUUUUUUUCUCCACAAGGCAGCGUCGAGGGAUGUCCACUAUCAGUUGCUAGAAAGAUAGCCAUAAGGCCAACCCUCUACACCAUCGAAGAGGUAUCCGAGGAGGAGGUAAGGGCGGAGGAGCUCAACUGGGACGACAGUUAUGACAAGAAGGACGAUGAGGAGAACGGGCUGGAUGAAGCAGCGCUGUUUCCACAUCCAAAUGCCGAAAACAACGACACUGCACAGAAGCCACCACUGGUAGACACAAAUGUGCCCUUGGAGAGGACGAGCUUGCAAGAGGAACACAGCUCUGCAUCAGUCGCUGAGUAA